AUGACCACCAACCUGUCACUGCAUGGCACUUUCAUCGAUUUCAGGGAAUUCGUUUGCAGCAAUCAUUCGGCUAUGAAUGAGUCAUUCGAGAACAUGAUCUUCUCGUCGUUUUUUAUGAACUCAUCCUUCUUAGCGCCAUCGUCUAGGUUUACUACACUCUUGGCUAUUACUACUUUGUCUCCCUUGCCGUAAAUAAUGGAGAAUUUGACGGAAAACCGAACGCCAUCACCGUGAACGCGUUAACGUCCAGCCAUCCCAACCGUCACCUUCCAUCACUACUCACGUGGGUGAAAGGGCGGGAAAGAUUCAGUACUCGGCCAAGUCUAUCCUCGGGCACAUUAGCACAGGCCGUCCGUUGUUUUUCUGAUCGCUGGCUCAUAAAGCAAAAUGGCGGUCAGUCAAUACGCGAGUAGAGCAGAAGUUUGGCUGGCUAAUGCGAGUUUUAGGAGCUCUUACAAAUUACCAGAACACUUCCACCCUAGCUUGUUCGUAAAAUGGUUCCCUGGACAUAUGGCGAAAGGUCUACGUGUUAUGGAGUCACUUGUUCGAAAAUGUGACUGUGUCAUUGAAGUGCAUGAUGCGAGAAUUCCUUUUUCUGGAAGAAAUCCAAAGUUUCGUGAAAAGUUAAAUGGAAGACCAAGUGUUCUUUUGCUAAACAAAAUGGAUCUUGUUGAGCCAGGCAAGCGUCAGGAGGUUCUAAAAAAAUUUGAGUCACAGGGAAUAAGAACAGUCUUUACUGACUGCAAGGCACAACAUCACUACUCUGCGAAAAGGAUUGUUCCAGCUGUUUUAGAUGCCGUCAAAGAUGCAGAAUAUGAGGGCUCAUAUAUCAGAAAGGAUCCAGAUAAGCCAUACCAUCUUCUGGUGUGUGGACUUCCAAACACAGGGAAAUCCUCGCUUAUCAAUGCUCUAAGAAGGACUCACCUUAGAAAAGGUAAAGGAACCAGAGUGGGGAAGUUACCAGGAAUGAGAACAGCAAUUCAAGAAAAUAUUAUGAUUAAUGAUGAGCCAAAGAUGUAUAUUUUUGACACCCCAGGUAUAAUGGCUCCUCACAUUCCAACUGCAGAAAUUGGUAUGAAGCUUGCAUCAAUAGGCUGUUUUAAAGACCAUAUGAUUGGGGAGGAUCUUAUUGCUGACUUCAUACUAUACACAUUAAACAAACGAAAGAAGUUAGAAUAUGUUCAGAAGCUUGGAUUGGAGAACCCAUCAGACAGUAUAGACUUUGUGCUACGACACAUGGCAACAGCCCAACAAUAUUUAAUAAAAGGUGACAGACCAGACUACUUAAGAGCUUCCAUCCAGCUCAUAUCAAGUUACAGGAAGGGCGAAUAUGGAUGUUUUAUGCUGGAUGGUUAAAAGGAUUUAAAAUUUUGGGUUAGAAGGAUUAGAAGGAAAAUCAUAUUUAUAUUUUUACACCAAUUAUUUAAAAAUUAUUGAAACACAAAUAAAACAUAGACGGCAGACUAGCCAUCAUCAGCCCCAUA